AUGUCGAGUUCUCAAACUUCUUCUCCUGCAAAGAACGACGACACCACACCUUCAUAUAACUCUCUUCCUCAACAAAUCACCAUCGCCUAUCCACUUUCAACGGUGUUUCCUGAUGAUAUAGUGAGGACGAAGAAGACCACACCGAAGAAAAGCUCUAAACGAAGUCAAUCGACUUCUCGUGUGCCGUCUGAAUCUAAGAAAGGGGGUAAGUGUUCUAAAUCUAAAUCUACUCUUAAAGCGGUUCAUACAAUGCGUGAAUUGUAUCUUGACAAUCCUGCUACUGCAAAUGUUGAUGUUAAUGUUGAAGCAUCUGAUUCUAGUAAGAAGAAUUUAAGUUUGGAAUUGGAUUUAACUGAAACCCUAGGAUUAGAAAAACCUAGGUCUGCUGAGAAAUUGGGGGAAACCUCCUUGGAAAACCCUGAUGUUGUUGUUGAUAAUAUUGGCGCUAACUCUAAGGCCAAUCUUGUGUCUGAGAUGACAGUUGAUGAGAAUGCAGGUUCUGGGCUAGAUGCUGCAAAUGAUGCUACAGCAUCUGAAGCACAUGUUGAUAUUAGUGCCUCUGUAGUACCUGAUUCACCAAACUCUCCUGUGGUUCCUGUUAAUGAAAAAGGUACUGAAACCACCAUCCCUGCUGAUGUCAUUACUCAGGAUAAGGGUAAAACUGCAAGUAUGCCUGAUACAAGUGAGGCAAAUGUAAUUGAUGUUGAAAGCCUCCAAUUCAAGAGUACUCCUAGGGGUGGUAUAUCUAGGAGGCUGAGAAGUAAUACAGGAAAGGAUAUAGCUACUCCUUCUGAAGCCACCAAAACUAAAAUUGGGCCUAAGAAACGGUGGAGCAAAGUCACUGUACCCUCUGAAAGUAAGAAGAAGAUUGUGAAGAGAAAAACUGUCUCUUCUAGUGACUCUGAUUAUGAGGAAGAUCAAGAUGCUGGAGCAUCUCUUGAAGCAUCUCCUCUGAAAUCUGCCAAGAGAAAGAGAAUGGCUCCUAAUGUUCCAUCUGUACCAAUUGACAAUGUCUCCUUCCACUGUGUUUAG